AUGAUCGGUCACAUUCUCAUCCCGCACUGCGCAGUUGCCAUCGUUCGACUGGCUUGUCAGAUGAGGGUACUCUCCUGUGGAUCGGACUCGUUCUCCCCAACGAUCCUCAACCGGCUUAUCCAUGGAAACCGGACCCUCGAGAUGUUCAGUCUGAUCCCAGCCAGCAGCCAAACCCGAGGCGGACUCAAGAAAGUCGAGGAUCUCAACAUCCCUCAUCACUGGCCUCGGACGGAAAAUAGACAGCGCCCACUCAAGCAUUGGUCGAUUCCAGAUGAAUUUACACAACCAGAGGAUGACGAACUGGUGCCAAUCCUACUCAGUGCCUUGUUCCCAUACAGGAUCCCAAGGGAGAUGAUCGAGGACAAUCGGGAGAUUCAGGCAUCUACGGGCGCUGAACGUUCAUCCCUCACUACCAUGGUACCAGGGUGUGGCGCCGAUCCAAUGUCAGUUAGCCGACAAGGAGCCCGAGCUGGGGUGUCGAUGCAAGAGGUCAGUCCUCUGGGCUUUGAAACCAGCAAAAUCCUCGCACAGAAACCAAUCUUACUCUCCCCAACGAUCUGCUACCCGGCUGCCGAGAACGCUCUCGCUAACCUGGUGGCUGAUAUGCUACACCAGCUCAUCCCCAAUAUCGACUCUUACAUCGACACUGCUACCUAUCUCCCUCUCAAGGCCCCUCUGCGGUAA